GUUUGCUGGCAACGCAGUCGCAGUUACCAUUUAGGCGUUACAUUGAGCACAACGUGCGAAAGUGAAAGGAUGCAGCGUACGUAUUGCAUAAGGAUCAUAACGCUAGUCAGCUGCUGUCUGGCCAUUGCAACAGGACAAUACAGCACAGGUCCUGGCGCUGGCUACGAUUCCAAGGCACUAGAGAGCGUAUUUCAGGCGCGCAACCUUGAGUUUGGAUUUCCAACGGAACACGAGCGCGAACGUGUGCUUCGAGAAGGACUCUACAUCCCGGACAGUGUCGUGCCCCUCGAUGUGGAUGUAUAUUACACGCACGGAGACAAAACGCCUUCGAUUUUUGUGACCAUUCCGAGAUUUAGCAAAGGUGUGCCCUUCUCUCUGGCCUACGUGACCAACGAGGUGCGACCGAAUGGCACCGAGCUACGUGCCUAUCCCAACUACGAAUGGCAUCAAUCCCAUGGUGCCGACUGCAAUGGGCUCACUUCGGUGUUUCGCACACAAAUCGAUGAGUGUGGACGAAUGUGGAUCUUGGACAGUGGUGAGAUUGAUUUUGUCCAGCAUUGUGCGCCUCAGGUGUAUGCCAUCGAUUUGGCCAGCGGCAACGUGGUGCAUCACUAUCGCCUGCCCAGAGGCGUGUUCAAGAUGAACGUCAGUCGCUUUGUUACCAUCACCAUCGAAUUGGAUGACCACAACUGCGAUGUCGGACACAUCUAUAUGGCGGACUCCAUUGGCCACGGCAUUGUGGUUUACGACAUGGCCACGCAGAACUCCUGGCGAAUUGAAAACAAGUUCACGUUUCCGCUCCAGGAAUUUGGCACCUUCACCGUGGCGGGCGAAAGUUUUGAGCUUUGGGAUGGCAGCGUAGCGUUAACUCUAACUCCACAUGGUCUCUCUGAACAGUCGGAACGCAUGUUGUAUUUCCAUUCGUUGUCCAGCGACAUCCAAAUGGCUGUUCCACUGCGAGUGGUCAACAAUGCUAGUCUGUGGAAUGUCAACAAUUGGAAGCCAAACGAUGUCACCAUUGCAUUGGAUCAGUUUGUGGUGCUUGGCAAGCGAGGCAGCCAGUGUGUGGGCACAGCGAUGAGUGAGACGGGCAUGCUGCUCUGCGGUCUGGUGCAACCAUCCAGUAUUAUGGCCUGGAACAUACGUCAGCCCUAUACUCGUAAGAAUCUGGUGUUGCUUAUUCAAGACGAUCAUCGAUUGCAAUUCGUCAGCGGGCUGAAAAUCGUUCGAAACCACGAGGGUAAGGAGGAACUCUGGGCAAUGUCGAAUCGAUUGCAAAAAGCCUUCGGCCCCGGACUCAACUACAAGGAAAUCAAUUUCCGCAUACAAAAAUGCGGCAUUCAUGAGUUGUUCCAUGGUUUGCCUUGUCACUAAGCUUGACUUUCAAAUCGCCGCCAGUGUUGCCACUUUGGGUCAAUGCACGCGAUCGUUCUAGAUUUUUUAGUAUAUUCUCGCAAAACUUGAACGUAUCAUUCUUGGCAAAAAAGCACAUAUUUAUGUACACAAAAUUCACGCUAUUUAAAUAAACUGUAAAUAUUUAUGUCUAGCACA